UGCGUCAGUAGUCAGUAGCAAGUGGAAAACAGAACGGGCUUGUCAGACGUCGAUCAACAUAAAUCAUUGAAUAAUGUUGUCUGCAAGGUUGACUAGGCAACUUAAAUUACUAAGCAUAAGACAAGUACAUUCUACUUUUGUUAAAAAUGAAAAUAAACCUGUACCUGAAGCACGAACACCUUCAUAUAAUGUGAGCAAUUUUAAUAAAAGAAUAUUAGUUUGGGUUAAACGUUACCCUAGCAUAGAUCAAGUUCCAUCACAACUACCAAUAGAAGUUAUACAGCAAGCACAUACUAAAGCAAGAAUUCGUGUUUGCUUUAUUAUGAUGAUUUUUUCAAUACUUGGCUUACUUAUUUCUGCACAGAUUGGAAAACGGGAUGUUGCAAGUGGAAAAAAUAUAUAUACAGAAAGAACAAAAUGGUACAAUGAAAUAAAAGAAAAAGCUAAUAGAGAAAAGCAAGAAGCUUUAAAUGCUGGAAAAGAAUGA